CAGUGAUGGGUAUUCUGGAUAUGGUCUCCGAACUCUGUGACUGUGACUGGCACGGUCUUCACAGUCGCAAUAAUCUCAAAAAACGCAGGCAACUUCAGACGACUAUUAAUUUCAGCAGAUUUCAGCAAGUGUGAAGUGAAAUCUGUUGUAUAACAUGAUUGUGAUGAUAGCGAUGCAAAACCUUUUGUUGAUGAUAUUAGACGGUGGAGAUAAAGGUGAAAAUGGACUGCAAAGGUUGCGAAAGGAGGGUGAAAAAAUCGGUGGAAGGCAUGAAAGGAGUGACACAGCUGAAAGUGGAACCGAAGAUGAACAAGCUGACGGUGAUUGGGUACGUAGACCCGAAGAAGGUGUUGGAACGUGUCAGACAUCGAACGACGGGGAAGAAGGCAGCUGAGUUGUGGCCCUACGUGCCUUACGGUGUUGUCCCGCACCCCUACGCGCCAGGCGCGUAUGAUAAGAAGGCCCCACCUGGGUACGUGCGGAACGUGCUGGAUGAUCCAGUGUCUUCCUCUCUCGCACGUGCCAGUUCUAUGGAGGUCAAGUACACGACGGCGUUUAGCGAUGAAAACCCCGAUGCCUGUGUAGUCAUGUGACGUUUGAUUAGGGAUUAAAAUCAUUGUUUUAAGUAUUUAUAGAAAUAUGGGUUAGUUAAAAAUAUUGUGAAAAAAAAAGUGUUGUGAUGCUUAAACACUGAAAAUGAUGGUAUAAACAUCCCUACUAAACUCCUCCUUUGUUGCCUGUGUACAUAUAACUAUUUAUCAAAGGUGGUGCUUGUAAUUUUUUUUUU